UUUUUUCUUCUGAUGAUCUCUUCAGGAUUGCUCUGUUCAUGCUGAGGCGAGAAGUGGAUCCGGUAUUUACUCAGUUUCACCGGAUGGUGGCGAAUCGUUUCUGGUCUAUUGUGAUCAAGAGACUGCUGGCGGAGGGUGGACACGAACUUUCACAAAGGUUACUUUUGUAGGAUCUUACUGGCUCGGUUUAAUGAAGAUCCACCGCCUCGCUCCACGUAAUAUGGAUAGUUGGACUCUUCGUAUUGAACUACAUGGAGACACUUGUUCCGGUCAAGGUUGUGUCAAGGAAAGCGAUGGUUUUUGGUGGGGGGAAUGGCCUUUUAAGCUUGGUGACUCCUCGUCAAUGUAUGUGAUUGAACUCGGUCCUGUUCUCCGUGGAAAUCUAACUAGUCCGAAUUCUACUGAUUAUUUGAUGGAGAGUAAUGGUUAUCCAUUCACCACUAUCGAUAGAGAUAAUGACGCUGUUGGACUGAAUUGUGCUCAGUUUCGAAAUUAUGGAGGCUGGUGGCAUAGCAACUGUGGUCAUGUGGCAUUGAAUGGGAUCUACGGUGAUACUGAGCCUAGUCGUCGCUACAUGGUCUACACCUAUAGCGGUUCGAAAACACGUAACAAAAAGUAUUUCAUUCAUCCGAAGAAGUCCAUUAUGAUGAUUAGGCCAAGCUCGUAG